AUGACCCCUGGGAACAGGAUACAGAAGGAGCUGGAGGUCUGCAGCAUUGAUUUCAGAGUAAAAACAAUUUCAUUAAAUGAUACAACACUGAAACUUCAAAUAUGGGACACUGCUGGCCAAGAACGAUUCCGUACAAUGACUACUAGUUAUUUCCGUGGAGCACAUGGAUUUGUUCUUGUCUAUGAUAUCACAAAUACAGAAAGUUUUCAAGGGAUUGCAAAUUGGAUGAAAGCUAUAUAUGAGAAAGUAGAUGAAAAUGUAGAGGUGAUACUAUUGGGUAACAAGUGUGAUAAAGAGGCAGAACGUGCAGUUCCAAAACACAGAGGGGAAAAGCUGGCGUGGGAGUAUGGAAUUCCCUUUUUUGAAACCAGUGCUAAGAACAAUAUAAACAUUGAACAUGCCUUUUCAGUACUAGCUCAAGAAAUAUUGGACAAGAGCUCCUGCAUACCACUCAGCUCAGAUGUGGUAGACCUCAGUGGAAAUGCACAAAAAAGAACUUGCUGCAAAUUAUGA